UUUCUCAGGUUCGUCUUGUUCCGUGGUUCCGUGUUCUGUUGUUGUUUUGUCAGCUGUUUUUUUAAGGUUAUGUUUAUGUGUUUCUCGUGUGGAAAUCGAAAUUCCAAAUGAAAAGAAAAAAGCAAACCACAAGCGAAGGGCACAUUGAAAUUGUGAAUGGAGAUCUCGAAAGCCAUCCACAAUGCCCACACGGCCCAACGAUAUUGUUCUCCAGAAACGUCAAGGGCACUAAAAGGAACUUUUUCGCAUGUGCUGCUAGUAGAGAUAGAAAACAUUGCAAUUUUUUCCUGUGGGCAGAAAAUAGGUCUACCUUCAAGAAGGAUGUGUGGCAACAAGAAAUAAAUAAGGAACUGGGAGGUAUCAACCAUGAGAAGUUGUUUUCUAUGCAAGAUAUGAUAAAGGUGCCACCUGCAAUGAGAUUAUUUUGUCACAAAUGUACUGAGUUAGUGGAUGAAAGGGAAAAUGACCAGCAUAAGAACCAUAAUUCAAUAAGGAAAUUGACUGAUUAUCAGCUUAAACAUCCUACAGAAAUUUUACCUGCUCUGGAGAAUACAAAGAAAGAAGCACAGUACCUUUUUUCCAAAUCAUCAGUAGAAACCAUGAUGGAUAUGUUUGAAAGGCUGGGGUAUAGGCAUAUUAUUUGUGUUGGAACGCCUAGAAUUCAUGAACAUCUACAGAACCACUGUUCAAAUCUCACUAGUAUUCUACUGGACAUGGACAAAAGAUUCCACAGCUUUUUUGGACCCCAACAGUAUUGUUGGUAUAAUAUGUUCAAUCACCACUUUUUUUUCGAGGAGGCUCGUGAUGUUUUCAGGAACUUUUUGCAGAACAACAACGGGAAAAACAUUAUGCUGGUAACAGACCCACCGUUCGGAGGUAGAACAGAAUUGAUUGCCAACACCCUCAAUACCAUAAACGAGGAAUAUAAAAAACUCAACGAUGUCCGGACAGAUCUUCCGAUGUUCUGGAUUUAUCCCUACUUCAUGGAACCUCAGAUAAGGAAUUCCAUGCCGGAAUUCCGCAUGCUGGAUUAUAAGGUGGAAUACGAGAAUCAUGCGAUGUUCCAUAACGGUUUGAAAGGACGAAAACAGGGGUCGCCGGUGAGAAUUUUCACUAACGUUGAUCUGAGAUCAAUAAAACUACCUGAUGACGACUACAAAUAUUGUGACGUGUGCGAUAAAUGGGUUGCAAUAGAAAAUAAACACUGUGCGGCGUGUAAUGACUGCACGUCAAAAAGUGGCGUCACUUAUGUACAUUGUUCACUCUGCUCGAGAUGUGUCAAACCGACUUGGCAGCACUGCGAAAAAUGUGGCAGGUGCACCCAAAAAGACCACAUUUGUGAACAGCUGGUAUUUCACAAGGAGUGUUAUAAUUGUAAGGAGCCCGGACACAAGAAAGCCGAUUGUCCGAAGAAUAGUGAAGUCGGCGCUAAAAAGAGGUUGAACCAACCUAACCUCAAACCCAAGAAGAAGAAGAGGAAACAUUAAAAAUGGUUCAUAGUGUAGAAUAUGUUUAUAAAUAUAUUAUGUAUUUUUAAUAUUCCUCCAAUGUUGGCUAAUAAAACUACCUCGGAGAAGCUUU